AUGGCGGUGGACUGGGCGGCGGCGGCGGUAAGGGCGGCGGCGGUGGACUGGGCGGCGGCGGCGACGGAUGCGGCGGCGGCGGUGAGGGCGGUGGAGGCGGUGAGGGCGGCGGCGGUGGACUGGGCGGCGGCGGCGUUGAGGGCGGCGGCGGUGGACUGGUCGGCGGCGGCGUUGAGGGCGGCGGCGGCGGUGAGGGCGGCGGCGGUGAGGGCGGCGGCGGUGGACUGGGCGGCGGCGGCGGUGAGGGCGGUGGAGGCGGUGAGGGCGGCGGCGGUGGACUGGGCGGCGGCGGCGGUAAGGGCGGCGGCGGUGGACUGGGCGGCGGCGGCGACGGGGGCGGCGGCGGCGGUGAGGGCGGUGGAGGCGGUGAGGGCGGCGGUGAGGGCGGUGGAGGCGGUGAGGGCGGCGGCGGUGGACUGGGCGGCGGUGGCGGUGAGGGCGGCGGCGGCGGUGAGGGCGGCGGCGGCGACGGGGGCGGCGGCGGCGGUGAGGGCGGCGGCGGCGAGGCUGGAGGCGGUGGCGGCGAUGGUGGCGGCGGCGGGUGUCGGCGGAGCGGAAGGGGGCGGCGAGGGAGGCGAGGGCGAGGGCGGCGUUGGGAUCGGCGGGGGAGGCGAGGGCGAGGGCGGCGACGGAGCUGGCGGAGGAGGCGACGGUGAGGGCGGCGAUGGGAGCGGCGGAGGAGGCGAGGGCGAGGGCGGCGACGGAGCUGGCGGAGGAGGCGAGGGCGAGGGCGGAGACGGGAGCGGCGGGGGAGGCGACGGCGGGGGAGGCGACGGCGAGGGCGGCGGCGGGGCAGGCGGCGAGGGAGGUGGGGCAGCGGGCGGCGAGGGUGAGGGCGGUGGAGGCGGUGAGGGCGGCGGCGGCAAGGAUGGAGGCGGCGGCGGGGGCGAGGGCGGCGGCGGCGGCGAGGGUGGCGGCGGCGGUGAGGGCGGCGGCGGCGGUGAGGGCGGCGGCGGCGGUGAGGGCGGCGGCGGCGGUGAGGGCGGUGGAGGCGGUGAGGGCGGCGGUGAGGGCGGUGAGGGCGGCGGUGAGGGCGGUGGAGGCGGUGAGGGCGGCGGCGGCGGACUGGUCGGCGGCGGCGGUGAGGGCGGCGGCGGUAUGGGCGGCGGCGGCAAGGAUGGAGGCGGUGGCGGCGGUGAGGGCGGCGGCGGCGGUGACGGCGGCGGCGGUGGACUGGGCGGCGGCGGCGGUGCGGGCGGCGGCGGCGGCUUGGAAGGUGGCGGCGCCGAUGGCGGUGACGCUGGCGUGCUCGCGAGCGAGCGCCGGGCGCGUGGCGUGGUCGAGAGCACCGCCUGUGUUGCCUGCUGGCCACCGAUGCCGACGCCGACGCCGCCGCUGCCGGUCUUUUGGGCCACGUCCGAGCCGGGGGCGUGCCCAGGAUCGCCCCGCACCGUGGUGGUGAACAGGAGGAGGGACAAGAAACUGGAGGCCAUUGGCGGUCACGCACGCACGAGAUACGUUGUGAUUCUCGUCGGGCCAAACUCGGCGUGCGGUUCAAUGAGUGUGCUAUUUUUUUCUCCUUUGUCUCGAAUAACAGGGAGGAUGUGGCCUUGA